CCACCAUCGCAUCCAGCCAUAAAUAAUAAUAGAAAAUGCCCCCCACACGCCUCCUCAAUCUCCUCCAGCGCGACUUCGACCCGGGCGCCCCCGCCGCCAGUUUCCGCGACGAAUGGUCCACGCCCUCAAACUACGCAUUCACCAUCCUGCUGCUCAUCGGCGGCGAUCUCGUCAACCGCGCCCUGGCCCAGUUAGUCGGCGGCUGGCUGACCCCUGUCGCUUUUUCAUUCGGAUGGGUGUCGUACGCAACCUCGGCCGUAUGCUCGGCGCUGGGCGAGUACAGACUCAUGCCCGACGCGGAUACAGGGUGCUCGCUGAUAAACGGGAAGAACGGGUACGUGCGCGGCAACAACAGCUGGGUUCUUGGGCGGAUGAUGCGCGACUACGACUACUGGAUGCACAAGGCGACGCGGGAAAAGACGGACUCGCUACUAGAUGCGCGGUGGAAGUUCGACCAGGCGCGCGAGACGGAGAAGUACCCCGAUGAUGGGGUUACAGUGCCGCGGCCGAGUCAGGCGGGGCUGGUGGUUAGUAUCUACAAGCCGAGUCGGACGCUGAAGCAUGGGGUUCCCGGGAAGGAUUUGCUGUUUUGGAGUGGGUUGGUGGUGACGCUUGUGCAGCUGGGGAUUGCGAGUAUACCGGCGGGACUUAAUGGGGACUGGGGGGUGUUGAUGAUUACGGGGGCCGCGACGGGGCUGUGUUAUGUGACGGGGGCGAUGAACCAGUGGAGGGUCGAGAAGUGGGCGUGUCGCAGUCUGGAUACGCGGACGAAGAAGAAUUUUGUGCUGACCAGGGGCAAUGGGGCGCAGCAUGCCAUUGCGAUCGUGAGUGAUGGGUAUGGGCUGGACCUGGAGGAUCUGGCGACGGGGUUCUCGAUGAUUGAUAAACCGACGAUCACAGUCUGGGCGCAGCUGGUGACGAUUGCUCUGGGCAUUGCAUGGGUUGUUCUGCUGAUUACAGCAUCUGGAGUUGACACCGGGACCUGGUAUCUGAUUGCAGUCGGGGGGCUUGGGAUGCUGCAGAAUAUCUUUGUUGCCGGAUGGAAGAGAACCCCUGCAGCUUAUGGAGUGCCCCUGGACUUUGUAGAGGUUGUAGGAGAAGUCAAGGUGAUGCAGGCCCUCAUGGAGGUUGAGAAGAAGUACGAGAAGCUGGGGAAGAGCAUGCUGGGGACCUUCUUCCCUGGUGAUCUGAGGGAGAACGAGAUCAAGCAGUGGGAGGAUAUUGCAGCAGAGUGGAAGGAGAGAAAGCAUGCAGAGGGCAAGGGGAAGUAAUUAUCAAUGACUUAGUUGAAUACCAUCGUUAUAACUCAUUCACGGCCAGCCCUAAGUCUCCCCAGUCAUAUAAUCCAACUGUUACGCCAGUUGUCGGAGAUAUAUCAGCCAAGAGUCUCAGAUUGAGACACUCUGUUCCUAGUAUAUAAUAGAGAAAGA